GUGGGGCCGCUUCCCUGCAGUAGAGACGGCGGCAGCAGCGGCUGCAGCAUCAUUAGGAGCAGCGGCGGCGGCAGCAAUGCUCCGUCUCCGCUGGAGGUGAUCGCCUCCAAGCCCUGCUAGGUGGCCGGCUGCGACGGGACGCCAGCGGGAAGGAGAAUAGAGCUUCGUCCACGGACUCUGCGGCCACACUGCCUGGCCCUGCCUCUGCGCCAUGGCUUAAGCCCGCAGCCACCUCGCCUCGCGUCGCCUCGCUCGGCCGGGGUCUGCGCGCCGCCGCAGCCGCAGAGAGGGGCGCGUCCCAGACGCCCUCGCCUGGGGACUUGGAGACGCGGUGUCUCUUACCCUUCGGUGCCCGCAGCAGACUGCGCUCCCAAGACCUUCGCAGGCGGCUCCCGGAGGCAUUUGCAGCCGGUAAUUGAGGGACUUAAUAGACUUUAUUUUAGUGAUAGCUUUCCCUGCCCGACCUUCCCUGUGCUCUCUGAGGGAGGAAGGCGAGGUAGCUCAGGCUACCAAAGUGAAAACGGUGGGAAACAGAUUGGCUGGUCGAGGGCCAGAGGACUGAAGGAAGAUUAGAGACUUGCUUUAGAACCACAAAAAGAAAGAACUAGCAGCUAGCAUCAUGGCGUGGCCGUGCAUCACACGGGCCUGCUGUAUUGCUCGCUUCUGGAACCAGCUGGACAAGGCAGACAUCGCCGUGCCGCUGGUUUUCACCAAGUACUCGGAGGCCACCGAGCACCCGGGGGCCCCGCCGCAGCCGCCACCGCCGCAACAGCAGCCGGCGCAGCCGGCGCGCGCGGUCGCCAUAGAGACGCAGCCGGCCCAGGGCGAGUUGGAUGCAGUUGCCCGGGCAACAGGGCCGGCGCCUGGGCCUAGCGGGGAACGUGAGGCGGCGGCCGCCCCAGGCCGGAGCGUGCCGGGCCCGGGCCCGGGCUCCGGCUCCGCGUCCGGCGCGGGUCCCGCGGACUCGGUGAUGCGGCAGGACUACCGCGCCUGGAAGGUGCAGCGGCCCGAGCCGAGCUGCCGGCCGCGCAGCGAGUACCAGCCUUCCGACGCGCCCUUCGAGCGCGAGACCCAGUACCAGAAGGACUUCCGCGCCUGGCCGCUGCCGCGCCGCGGGGACCACCCGUGGAUCCCUAAGCCCGUGCAGAUCGCCACGUCCUCCCAGGCGUCGGCGCCCAUUCUCGGGGCGCCCAAGCGCCGGCCGCAGAGCCAGGAGCGCUGGCCGGUGCAGGCCCCCGCUGAGGCCCUGGAGCAGGAGGCGGCCCCUGGAGGAGCAGGUGGCCUUGCGGCCGGAAAGGCUUCCGGUGCGGAGGAGCGCGACACACGCAGGAAGCCCGGGCCCGCCUGGAUGCUGCGUCGCGCCGAGGGGCUGGGACUCGAGCAGUCGCCGCUGCCCGCAGCCCAGGCCCAGGUCCAGGCCGCAGGCCCCGAGGGUGGCAAGGGGCGUGCAGUGGCGGACGCCCUCAACAGGCAGAUCCGCGAGGAGGUGGCGAGUGCAGUGAGCAGCUCCUACAGGAAUGAGUUCAGAGCAUGGACGGACAUCAAGCCUGUGAAACCGAUAAAAGCCAAGCCCCAGUACAAGCCCCCAGAUGACAAGAUGGCUCAUGAGACUAGCUACAGCGCCCAGUUCAAAGGGGAGGCCAAUAAGCCAACACCAGCUGACAAUAAGGUCAUUGAUCGCAGAAGAAUACGCAGCCUCUACAGCGAACCUUUCAAGGAACCCCCGAAGGUGGAGAAACCUAGUGUUCAGAGUUCCAAACCAAAAAAGACCUCAGCGAGCCACAAGCCCCCGAGGAAGGCCAAAGACAAGCAGGCGGCGUCAGGCCGGGCCUCCAAGAAAAAGAGCACGGAGGGCGCCAGCGCCGCCCCGCCCGAUGACCAGGAGCACAGUAAAGAGAUGAACAAUAAGCUGGCUGAGGCGAAAGAGAGCCUGGUUGAACCUGCCAGUGAUUCACGUAAGAAUCAAGGUCCCGUAGCCACAGAGCCAGACAAGGAUCAAGGGCCCGUGGGCCUGGGGCCUCUGAAAGAUCAAGGUCCUGUGAUCCAAGAGUCUCCGAAGGAUCAAGUUCCUGUGGUCCCAGGGCCUCUGAAGGAUCAAGCUCCUGUGGUCCCAGGGCCUCUGAAGGAUCAAGCUCCUGUGGUCCCAGAGCCAAUGAAGGAUCAAGCUCCUGUGGUCCCAGGGCCUCUGAAGGAUCAAGCUCCUGUGGUUCCAGGGCCUCUGAAGGAUCUAGGUCCCAUGGUCCCUGCACCAGUUAAGGAUCAAGAUCACGUGGUCCCUGACCCUUUACAGAAUGAAGGUUCUGUGAUCUCAGCACCAGUCAAGGACCAAGGUUCUUUGGUCCCAGUGCCUCUAAAAGAUCAAAGUCCUAUGUUUCCAGCAAGAGUUGAGGAUCCAGGUUCCAUGGUACCAGAGCCUCUGAGGGAUCAAGGUCCUGUGGUCCCAGAACCUGCCAAAGAUCAAGGCCCCACAGUCCCUAAGCCUGUGGAUCAAGGUCCUGAGGUCCCAGCACCUGUCAAAGAUCAAGGUCCUUUGGUCCCAGAGCAUCUGAAGGAUCAAAGUGCCAUGAUCAGAGCACCUAUAAAAAGUGAAGGUCCUGUGGUCUCUGAGCCUGUGAAAAGUCAAGGUUUAGUGGUCCCAGAGCCAGUCAAGGAUCAAGGUGGGGUGGUCCCAGAGCUUCUGAAGGAUCAUGAUUCUGUGGUUGUGGCACCUGUGAGGAGUCAAGGUCCUGUGGUCCCAGCCCUAGUCAAGGAACAAGGGCCUGUAGUCCCAGAACCUCCAAAGAGUCAAGGUCCUGUGGUCCCAGCACUAGUCAAGGAUCAAGGUCCUGUUGCCCCUGAGCCUGUGAAGAAUCAAGUUCCUACAAUCCCGGUGCCUCUGAAAGAUGAUGAUCCUCUGGUGCCACCACCAGCAAAGGACCAAGGUCCUGUGGUCCCUGAACAUCUGAAGACUCAAGGUCCCAGGGGCCCUCAGCUGCUCACUGUCUCACCUCCAGCCCCAAUCGUGAUCCCAACUGUCCCCCAUGCGGAAUAUAUUGAGGGUUCCCCUUGAUGCUCACCCCUUGAUGUGCCGAGGAAGGAGCUGGCAGGGAAAGUGCUACCUCCCAGGGCAACGAAGACACAUAUUUAAUUUGCAUGAAACACGUACCGUAUAGUCUCGCUGGAAUCUAAUAAAUCUGGUCCCUCUGGC